UUAAGAUUUGAUCAAAACAUGUGGAUGUGUAAAUAAUUCAACUUCAACAAGUCAACACAGAAAGUUCAAUGAAUCAAUGUGACUACUAUCUACGGUGGUGAAGAAAGUGUGGACAUUUUAAAAGUGAAUAGUGAUCAUAAUUUUGGGCAUCAUCUUAACUUUAAGUGGCGUGUUACUAUGGCAACCAAAGCGGAUGUUCUUCUGAAGGCGAAGCAGCGACGUCAUGCUCCAUACUCCAAAGCAAAGCCACCACCUCAAACUUGCAGUUCAUCCUCCAAAGAAAAACAACCCGAUACCGGUUCUCAAGACUGUAGUCAAGAUGAUGUGGAUUCUCUUAAGGGUCAGGGAGACCAAAACUUGCUCGGUCAUGAGACAUAUCCUUGCAUCUCAGCGAGGCAACCUUACGCAGGUCUUAUCCUUAACGGAUUGAAGACGAUCGAAACCAGAUGGACUCCGGUGUUUGAGAAGCUAGAGGGAAGAACAGUCGCGAUUCACGUGGCGUGGAAGGACUGGGACGGGGAGGAGUGGAGGACAAUGUUGCAGAUGGAGCAUGGAGGAGGGAAGAUUAAUCAGUUUAUUAAGGAUGGCGAGAAGCAUGGACGAGCAGUUGUUGCUGGUUUGGUUGAUAUAGGCGAAACAUGGCAGUGUUCCGCUGUUGGUGAUGAAGACCAGAUAACAGAAUGGGAGAAGAACUCUCUCCUCAGACCACUUCAUGAAAAGUACCUCACUAGACUGUCCAAUCCCAGAUGGUUAAAGAGACCCUUGCAGGCCAGGGGUCAAAGGGGAAUAUGGGAGGUCAAUAUCCCACUGAACUUCUUGUAAAGGCAAAUGGUAUAUUAAGUUUUGGU